AUGGAGGCCAUGGCUAUGGCAAUGCGUAAUUCACGCCUAUUACCAUCAUCCCUCAUCAAGAAUGUCAGAGUGUCGAAGCGAUGUAUUCGGUUCCUUCACAAAAAUGUCGCAACUCCUGCAAUACCCUCACCGACCCCGUUCGUCCCCGACGUUCCAACCUUUCUUACGUUGAUUGGUCGUGAUAUGUCGAAAUUUGUUAGCAAGAUUCCAUCCUGGGAGAAACUCUUCACACUUAACUCUGCUGAGCUUCGCGAUCUGGGUAUUGAACCGGCGCGUCAGCGACGUUAUCUUCUUCGAAAGAGAGAGAGAUUUAGGCAGGGGUUAUACGGCCCUGGCGGUGACCUACAGCAUGUGGUGGAUGGUGUCGCUCAACUGCGAGUUGUCGAGAUUCCUGCAGAAAGAAACGAGCAGGACAAGAAUGAUAACAGCUUGACAUCUCAUUCGGAUUCUUCUGCUACGCUGUCCCCAGGGAUGAAAAGGGUAGUCGUAAACCUACCCCCGGAUGCUACCGAGUAUCACCACAAUUCUUCCGAGCCAUUGAGAAAGUAUGCACAUAUGAAGGUCUACGAUGGGUUUAAAGUCACGGGACCGUUCUUGCAACCAGUUAAAGGUACAAAUGGUUCUGCAGCUUUGAUCAAAGUUCAGGAGGGCAUGUGGGAAGACAAACUGGGGCAUAAGGUUGAUGGUGGUGAAAGGAGGCGUGCUGAAGUUCGGGCCAAGAAGAGGAGCGAAGAAAGGAGAAAAGCGAGAGGAUAA